CGGAUUCUAUCAAAUACCAAAAAACUGAACACCGUUAAAAAGCUUUUCAUUGUGACUCUAUUACAAAAACAGGACCCAACUUCUUUGAAGCAGACAUAGUUGUCCAUUCGAAGUGCUGCUGUUCCGUGAUUCCACAAACGGUGAAUUUCCCAAUGGUGAGACUGCAUAGCUGUCCCUUUAUCCCCUGGCAGAAGUGAAAGAAUGACUUUGACAGUGACUGGCAGAGUGGAUGCUGCAAGACGGGGGAAUUAUAACAAACCAGCAGCGUUCAGGGUUUCAGUCUUAGACACAAACCUCUUCCUGUGUCUAGUUGUGUAAUCUUACCACAUACAGUAUGUGACGCAGAGUCAGUAUUGCAGCGGAGCAGGCAGGGAAAACUCAUUCCAACAAUGGGAGUUACCUCAAUGAAGCAGGCAGUGGGUUACCAGUCUGAGUGGAGCGCUCCCUGUCCAACAGCAAGUGCCCUCUGAAGCGUCUUUAGAUUUAAAGAGCGACCUGCAGAUCACUGACCGUGUCUUUCUGAAGGGCCCUCCACUUCAGCAUGGGACACAUAAUCAUGAUGGGAUUGUUAUUAGUAACACACGUGUCUGGUUAGAUAACAGAGAUGCCCCCAGCGUUCGUUUUGUGACAGCGUGGCUCAUCCCUUCAGCCAUGCUGAGCAUGGCGUGUGCACGGGGCAAACACUGACCCAGCAGCAGCCUCAUGGUUCACUGCUGUUAUCUGAACACAGCCUCUGGGGUAGGACAUUAAGAGUUCCUUGGUUUAAACAGCUGCCAUGUACAGUAGAGCACACGCUGUCUUGGUACUGCCUUCCCUUUAGCAGCACCCCCUGCUGGUGAGAGACUGCACUACCCCCUGGUCAACUACAGGCCUGCUCCCCUGACUGGAGCGUGUGUGCGUGCUUGUGUGCGUGCGUGCGUGUGUGCGUGUGUGUGCGUGCGUGUGUGUGUGUGUGCGUGUGUAUAGACAGUGUAUUUAUAGAGAGGGUGUAUAUAUAUAUACACAAGGAAGAAGGCUAGUUGAAUUCCUCGAUGAUGAAAAUAAACUACACCAAGCAGUACUAGAAUAUAGAGACUUUCAUGGCCGGAGCCCUCCCAAGGUGAAUACUCAAUUAAAUACAUGGCCAUGAGAAAACAGACAAAUCAAAGAGAGAACAUUAUCUACCACCCCUGCACUAAAUGAAGAAGGCGCCUUGCAGUGCGGAAUGCAGUAUAUAACAAAACAAACACGGGCCAGUCACAAGAACCUGCCAUAAGAACUCGGGUUAUACUGGGACCAGGAGAAGCGGCUCAUCCCAUUCAAUAUCACAGAAUCAAACUGUUCAGCAGGCGUUGUGUCAAUGCUCCUUGUGUUUCAGGUGCUGCUGCUCACAACGUCUGGCGUGUUGCCUUCUUUCUGCACAUAGCUAACUAAAAUCCCAAAUCAGAGUGCACGGGAAUGCUUAGCUACAGCGCAGAGAGAAAGCAGACAAUGCUGUUUUAUUCCCUCAAGUUCAGGGCAGCCGGGCUCCUUCUUCUGCAGGGUUUCCACUGCACUGCUUCGGCUGCAUGCUGGUAAACAGCCUCCUUCCAGCUGCUCUCCAUUCCAGAGUCCCAGUAAUUAUUCCUGCCUGUUAGAAUAAACGAAGGCAUUGCUGUGAUGCUGUGUACAGAAAAUACAUCCCCACACCUCGCCUGCCCCAGCUGUCUGAACAGCACAGAUAGAGGCGCUUUGCAGCAUCUGAAAACCUUCCUUUUUUUACAUUAGAUUCGACUGGAUAAGGAGAAAAUGUCCACUUGUUAUUUCAGUACUUCCAGGAGAAAAUACAAAACAGAUCUGCGUGAAACUUGACAUAAUUAUAGGGAUUGAGAUGAAUUAGUGAAAAAGCUGCCUAAAGAAUUCUAGAGUCUCCCCCCUGGAGGUAUGCUUCUCUACACGAUGGAAAUGCAUCCCAGAAGCAUGUGGGGGGAUUGCAAAACAAAUGUAGAGAGCAUGAUAAACUUUAACAAGGGAACCCAGCUUGGAGAUGACAUUAAAAGAUGCAUACUGUUAUUGCAUACUGGCGCCUUUGUGGCUCACCCAGUGACUGCCUUGGGGAGAGCUGCUUUCUGAUAAGGGGAACACAGAACAUGGGUGAACAGAGAGCAAGGGAUUGUAGCUUGGUAACAUACCGGUAUUCAUACCCACCAAUCACAGCGCCUGGAGGUGACAUCAUCCUUAAGGAAGAUGACUCAUUCUGGGUCUGUUUAUAUAAAUGAACCACACCCCAUUUCUUAAUCCUGAACAUACUUUUUAACGGAACUCAAUCAAAACAGGAACAUCGACAAUAACAGCCCACUCACAAAAAGGAGGUCUGUUUUGGGCUGAAGAUAAAUUUCGAAAACCUUUUAUAAGCUUCAGAAGAUCGCCUCUCCCCCUAGACGCAGCGGGCUGACGGUCCAGCAGUAUUACUCUUUGGGAUGUCUCUGAUAGCGGUACUCGUGUUUGCUGUCGUGUUCAGCGCAGUAGACGGCGGUAGGGAACUCGGUGUGCGCUGCCUCAUCCAUGACGAGGACUACACUGAGUGCACCUGGAAGGAGACGGGCAGGCCAGACCGCAACUACACCUUCCAGAGCAGGUACAGGACAGGCGCUGAGUAUGCAGAGUGCCCGAGUUACACCCAGGUGGAGGGCUACAAUGUGGGCUGCAGACUGGAGUACAACUCCCACAUGCGCUUUGCAACUUUCCAAGUGCAGCUGUCCUCAGCCAACAACAUGGCCAUCUGGAACAAAGACAUCAACCUGAAACCAUUAGUGAAACUGUACUCCCCAGUAAACCUGACCGUGGUCAACAGCAGCAGCAAUGGUCUGUACCUGUACUGGGACACCAGCAUGAGCAAAUCCCAGUGCCUGGAGUCCAUAGUGAGGUAUAGAAGCAGCGCAGACUCUGCCUGGCAGAACUCCCCAGCAUUUACUUCUCAGAGGUACUUUAACUUGCCCUUUGCUGAUGCUGAAGAGCCGUAUGAGUUCCAAGUGAAGGUCAGGAUCAAUGAGUUCUGUGGCACAUCUGACUACUGGAGUGACUGGAGCCAGCCUGCGUACUGGGGGAGCAAUGCCACCAGUAAAGGUGUGCGCUGCCUCAUCCAUGACGAGGACUACACUGAGUGCACCUGGAAGGAGACGGGCAGGCCAGACCGCAACUACACCUUCCAGAGCAGGUACAGGACAGGCGCUGAGUAUGCAGAGUGCCCGAGUUACACCCAGGUGGAGGGCUACAAUGUGGGCUGCAGACUGGAGUACAACUCCCACAUGCGCUUUGCAACUUUCCAAGUGCAGCUGUCCUCAGCCAACAACACGGCCAUCUGGAACAAAGACAUCUACCUGAAACCAUUAGUGAAACUGUACUCCCCAGUAAACCUGACCGUGGUCAACAGCAGCAGCAAUGGUCUGUACCUGUACUGGGACACCAGCAUGAGCAAAUCCCAGUGCCUGGAGUCCAUAGUGAGGUAUAGAAGCAGCGCAGACUCUGCCUGGCAGAACUCCCCAGCAUUUACUUCUCAGAGGUACUUUAACUUGCCCUUUGCUGAUGCUGAAGAGCCGUAUGAGUUCCAAGUGAAGGUCAGGAUCAAUGAGUUCUGUGGCACAUCUGACUACUGGAGUGACUGGAGCCAGCCUGCGUACUGGGGGAGCAAUGCCACCAGUAAAGGUGUGCGCUGCCUCAUCCAUGACGAGGACUACACUGAGUGCACCUGGAAGGAGACGGGCAGGCCAGACCGCAACUACACCUUCCAGAGCAGGUACAGGACAGGCGCUGAGUAUGCAGAGUGCCCGAGUUACACCCAGGUGGAGGGCUACAAUGUGGGCUGCAGACUGGAGUACAACUCCCACAUGCGCUUUGCAACUUUCCAAGUGCAGCUGUCCUCAGCCAACAACACGGCCAUCUGGAACAAAGACAUCUACCUGAAACCAUUAGUGAAACUGUACUCCCCAGUAAACCUGACCGUGGUCAACAGCAGCAGCAAUGGUCUGUACCUGUACUGGGACACCAGCAUGAGCAAAUCCCAGUGCCUGGAGUCCAUAGUGAGGUAUAGAAGCAGCGCAGACUCUGCCUGGCAGAACUCCCCAGCAUUUACUUCUCAGAGGUACUUUAACUUGCCCUUUGCUGAUGCUGAAGAGCCGUAUGAGUUCCAAGUGAAGGUCAGGAUCAAUGAGUUCUGUGGCACAUCUGACUACUGGAGUGACUGGAGCCAGCCUGCGUACUGGGGGAGCAAUGCCACCAGUAAAGGUGUGCGCUGCCUCAUCCAUGACGAGGACUACACUGAGUGCACCUGGAAGGAGACGGGCAGGCCAGACCGCAACUACACCUUCCAGAGCAGGUACAGGACAGGCGCUGAGUAUGCAGAGUGCCCGAGUUACACCCAGGUGGAGGGCUACAAUGUGGGCUGCAGACUGGAGUACAACUCCCACAUGCGCUUUGCAACUUUCCAAGUGCAGCUGUCCUCAGCCAACAACACGGCCAUCUGGAACAAAGACAUCUACCUGAAACCAUUAGUGAAACUGUACUCCCCAGUAAACCUGACCGUGGUCAACAGCAGCAGCAAUGGUCUGUACCUGUACUGGAACACCAGCAUGAGCAAAUCCCAGUGCCUGGAGUCCAUAGUGAGGUAUAGAAGCAGCGCGGACUCUGCCUGGCAGAACUCCCCAACAUUUACUUCUCUGAGGUACUUUAACUUGCCCUUUGCCGAUGCUGAAGAGCUGUAUGAGUUCCAAGUGAAGGUCAGGAUCAAUGAGUUCUGUGGCACAUCUGACUACUGGAGUGACUGGAGCCAGCCUGCGUACUGGGGGAGCAAUGCCACCAGUAAAGCAGGUGGAUCCACGGUGGGAUCCGGUUGACUCCAAGCUGCAGUUCUGCUUUCGAUUGGUUGGCUCUUGCUGUUUGAAGACUCUGUGAUUGGAUGAGCCAACAGAAGAGGGCUGGAUUUCUCAAAGACAUUUACAUGGCAUUAGUGCAACACCAAUUACAAUUAUAACAGAUCAGACAACAGCUUAAGAACCCCUCCCAGUCCUAGCAUUAAUCGUGUCAGUGUUUUAUUUCUGUUCGGGUGACUUUAUUGGGUGCGAGUUCCCCUUUUCUGAAAAAACAAAACAAAAACCUCCAUUUGGAGUAAAGAGCUUUGAGAUUGUAGCCGCAGUGAGUCCAGUCAGUUAAAACACCCUUCUGUUAUUGCUCACCUGCAGUCUGAUAUGUAUCUGCAAUAUUCACAUUUCUACCCAUUAAAGAGCACUUACUGCAGUAUUUUACUGUGAUUAUAA